UGUCGGCAUCAUCUACCAGUCGUAAAUUAGAACAGACCCCUGACCUCGCAAAAGUUCCACUCGUUAGUAGUACAUUCUAGCUGCAUGCGCUUGGCUUCCAAGUGAUUUUAUCCAACUCCAUCCACGUUGUCCCGCAGAACGCCUGACCAUAUCAAUUGAGUCCCUAAGCUCCCCUCGAAUCACACUGUAUCACUGCCACGUACAGACCAACACCCAUUCUAAUCCUAUGCUACCGAGGGCCGGCGGACGCACAUGAUUUCUACUACUUGCGAACCAUAUCAAGAUCCACCAACAGUGACUACUACCCCAUUGUUUUCAAGCACCCACGGGGGCAAAGAAAACAACCACCCACCCCCGGUGCCCCGAAGCUCUUUUAGCUGAGCUGCUGUAACAUAUCUGGUGUUCUUUCGCUACUGGCCCACCCCCGGCUGACUCGAAUUAACGUCGACACCGUCCUCUUUCACCCCCACACCUUUGCUACCAUACGUACACAGACGCACAUCGGACCAGACAAUGUCGUCAACAACACAAGCAGCCGCCAACAAGCGCAAACGCCUCACGGGUGGCAGCACCACCUCGCUGCCUGACGAGGUUGCGGCCGCCGAGCGGGCACAGAUCUCGGAGUCCCGCGACGCGUCUGCAGAAGAGGGCGACACCACAGCGGCGGAAACGCCGGCGACGGCACCCACCUCGCACCCGCCGAUUAAGCGCCAGCGGUCGAGCAACAAUGCCGUCGGCGAUGCGACGGUCGACCUGGGCGAGCCUAGCGAUACUACCGAGGCGAGCGUGGACAUUGAAAACCGGGUAGGCCGCAAGGGCAGGAAGAGCAGCAACCCCGAGAAGGAGGAGGAGAGCAUGGCGCCGCCACCCAUCGGCAAGCUCACACAUCCAGUUGGCUAUCGUACCAAUGACCCGCCGGUUGGUAGGCCAGUCCGGAUCUACGCCGACGGCGUGUUUGAUUUGUUCCAUCUUGGCCACAUGCGACAGCUCGAACAAGCCAAGAAGGCGUUCCCCGACGUCUACCUGAUCGUCGGAGUAACUGGUGACGCCGAGACUCACAAGCGCAAGGGCCUGACGGUGCUUUCCGGUAAGGAACGCGCCGAGACGGUCCGUCACUGCAAGUGGGUCGACGAGGUUAUCGAGAACUGCCCGUGGAUCGUCACGCCCGAGUUCCUCGAGGAGCACAAGCUCGACUAUGUUGCGCACGACGACAUUCCAUAUGGCGCCGACGAGGGGGACGACAUCUACGGACCCAUCAAGGCCGAGGGCAAGUUCCUGGUGACGCAACGCACAGAGGGCGUCAGCACGACAGGAAUCAUUACCAAGAUCGUACGCGACUACGAAAAGUAUAUUGCAAGGCAGCUCAAGCGCGGUACUUCGAGGCAGGAGCUCAACGUCAGCUGGCUGAAGAAGAACGAGUUGGACCUGAAGCGACACGUACAGGAUCUGCGAGAAAACAUCCGCAGCAACUGGACGACGACGGGUCAGGAGCUCAGCCGCGAGCUGAGGCAAUACUGGCCGGCUUCCAGGCCACAGAGCCCCGCCCCCUCGAGGCCCUCGCUGCAGGUUCCUAACGGGGACCAGCUCACAAGCCCGCAACAGCAGAGCAGCUUGAGGGAGGCGCAGCUCCGAUCGCCAACCACGCCAGGAGGCGCCAACGUCAACUCAAACGACUUCGUCGCCGGAUACGCGGUCGGGUUGAUCGGCGGUGUAAGGUCUUGGAUGACCAAGAGCCGUCGCAGCCUGAGGGAUGAGAGAGAUGACUCCUCAUCGCGCCCGCCAAGUGACGACUCAUCCGAGGAGAGUGAGGGCAAGGAGAAGACGACGCGAACUCGCAGGGUUGUUCCCAAGGGCAACAACGCUGCUGCUACAGGAGCCUAAGAUACGGCACUGCUGGUCUGUGCUUUUGUUCAGCUUUUUUCCUUUCUUUUUUUCGUCUUUUACCCUCCCCUUUACUUUUGUUUUAUUUCUCUUUCAUUGGCUCUCUCCGGAUGCUUUUGAGAGGGUGCAAUGUUGGAUAGUUUUAUACUGGGACGGAGGCAAAGAAGAAUAACGGCGAGGUAUUUAAAAAGAGGGAGUAAUCGGCAUGAGAUGAUCCGGGAUACACACUCACCUACUGCAGCAUUAAGUGCUGAAAAUCACAUUCAAACUUGUCGUAUACUGGGAUCGUUAGGGGAUCCGCAGGUGGAAGAGGUAAUGGAGACGGUGUUCUAUUUUUUAUCGUUUCCUUGAGCAACAAGCACCCAUGUAUGCUUGCUUCAUCAGAGUCUUGUCCCUAUUGACAGCAAAAUAAUAUGCAAUCUUAUUGCUCUGAGUGACAGAAGGUAAUGACAGUAUGAUGCUUACACCAACGAGUUGAAUGAUUGUGGUACAGGGUUGAGUUCAAUGAGCAUAGA